UACAUAUCAUUGUCACGGUAAUCAUGACAAGACCAUUGCUUUGACACAUGAUCCUCCGCGUCCAUCGCCUCGGAUAGGUCAUGUGGAUGGGUGCUUAGCAUUUCAAGAUCAAUCCUCUAGCCCCGUAUGCAUCUCGGCUGCUGAACGUUGCGUCCAUCUGGAGGUGGAGUAUUAGGACUUUGAUGGGAAUGCCGUGCAAGGUAACCCGUCCCACGUCGGAUAUGAGAUGGAGGAAUAUAUCGUUGUCUGGGGCAUGCUAGGGCUAUAGUAUAAAAGCACUCUCCUCAUUGCAAACAUGAAAUUCAUCUCACUCACUUCUAUGGUCGUGUCUGUUGCGGUAAUGGCUGGCGUAGCCACCGCGUACAACCCUAUCGGCCAGUCUUGCGACACCCCAGGUGGUUUUGGGUGCUCACAAGACGCGAGUAUCAAUGGCGGAAAUGCGUUCAUUUAUGAAUGUGCAGCGACCGACAAGUUCGUCUACGUUGCAGGCUGCGGCUGCUCUACUUGCUGUGAAGCCACGACCAGUGGUGCGUUCUGCACGUGAAAGUAAGCGGUGAGCGCGGAUUUCCUGUACCUCUUGAAUAUUAGUGCUGAUGUUGUUUUCGCGACAGAGGUUGUCCGUGGAAUAAUGUACUGUGGUACGUAAAGGAGAUAGUGAAGGAGUG